UUGGGGUGGGGGCGGAGGGACGCUGGAGUGAGAGGCGCCUCGGCAAGAUGGCGGUGUCUCUAUUAAGAUUAGCCAGCCGGCGAUGCCUCUGUGUUCGUCUCGGACCGGGACUCUCCAUGCGGCACGUGGUCCCCAUGGCAACGACGGCAAAGGAGGAGAUGGCCCAGUUUUGGGAGAAGAACACCCGGUCCAACCGUCCUCUGUCCCCUCAUGUCACCAUCUACCACUGGUCCCUGCCCAUGAUGAUGUCCAUUUCUCACCGUGGCACAGGAGCUGCAAUGAGCCUAGGGGUGUCGCUCUUUGGCUUAAGCGCUCUGAUCCUCCCAGGACACUUUGCUGACUACUUGGAGCUGAUCAGGUCCCUUAGCCUGGGGCCUGCCCUCAUCUACUCUGCCAAGUUUGCCCUGGCUUUCCCCUUGACCUUCCACACCUGGAACGGAAUCAGGCAUCUAGCAUGGGACCUGGGCAAAGGAUUCAAAAUACCCCAGGUCUACCAGUCCGGAGUCCUUGUCCUUAUCCUGACAGUACUGUCCUCCAUUGGGAUUGCAGCAAUGUGAAGCUGGGCCGAGCAGUCCUCCUCUCGUCCUCUGCCACUUUUGAAGUUCUCUUCCAUCUCUUGAACGGUUUAGUUCAUCAGAAUCUCUGGAGCAGUAGAAGUUGAGGGGCAGCUUUUGGGCUAGGGAAACAGUCAGGGGUGGGGGACAAAUGGUUCACAAAUCUGCACAUAGUUUAAUAGUAAAUGGCAAUGAGGUGGUUCUUUCCUCCCUUCUCAGAUUAUUGUAGAACCACUCUUUUUUCUGUUUUUAUUUUAACGUCCCACAUUAUCACCAGCUGGAGUUCAAGAAAUCUCCCCCCCCCCCCCCCCCGAGGUAAAGCCUAUGGCUGGAUGCGCAAGACUCCAUAGAUGGCCAAAACCAGCCGAGUCCUGAUUGGCUAAGAAGCUAGCAUACCCACAAUGCACUGCUUGAGCCAUUGCUUUCCUCAGCUGCGUGCUGCUUUUCGUUUCUCUCUCCCCCCCCCCUCCACCCCAUCCCCUGUCUUCCCCCCAAAAAAGGCUUGAGACAAUACCAGCCUUUGUCCCCCGCCUAGGGGCUGAGGGAGCUCCAUUAGCACACUGUGUGAGCGAGCGUGUGGGUAUAUUUUUCACGAGGACAAGGCUGCCCAUUGAUAAGCGAGGCUCGCAGGCAAGAGCAGCACAUUCAGUCGAAGCCACCUCCAGCGGCUGUCCUGUGCCUCACCCCUUUAUGCCCAGAAUGAUGGCAGCGGCAGUGAGGCUUCGGGCCUGUGGCCUAAGGCUGCCUCUGCUAAGGUUGCUAUGGCAACAUGCUGAAAUGCUGCAUUGCUCUCUUUGUAGGUGUGGGCCGCCAACAUGGGCCAGGGGGAAAGAAAACGAUGUCAUCUUGGGCAAGGCCUGGUCUCACGGCUACAGGUGUGAGGGAAGCCUUUGGCCCGCCAGCCAGACACUGCCAAACUACAACUCCCAUCAGCCCCGACAAGCAUGGCCAGUGGUCAAGGAUGAUGGGAGUUGUAGUUUGGCAACGCCUGGAGGGGAAAGUUUCCCCACACUGGCUCUACUUGGGUGGAAGAACUCGGGUGGUGUAAUUUCAGACCACUAUAUCCUGCUCGCCAUCUUUGCAGAUGGAUCCGUCCUGAUAAUGGGGAAGCUACAGGCCUCCAGAUGGUGUUGGACUACAACUCCCAUCACCCAUCACCAUUUGCCAUGCUCACUGGGAAUGAUGGGCGCUGGAGGCCUCACAUCUGCAAAGGCCACGUUUCUCCAACCCUGUCGCAGACUAAUUAUCCUCUCGGACUCUGUAAAUGCAAGCCCAUACUGUACUACCACCUCCUGAAAUGUUAAAGCCAGACAGCUUUCCCUCCCCAUGAAUGAGGUUGCCUCUCUCCCCCCUCUGUUCGCCACAAAUGAAGCAACUUACUUCUCUGCGAUCAGAACCAUUGUUUGGGUUUUGUAAAUUUUCCACCUGUUUCUACUACUAAUAAAUUGUCCUCAGCCUUCCGUGGAGCACAUAAAGUUA